CAGUCUAUGCCUCAGUGCAGCAUGCGACCAUUUCACACAUGCAAACAGCUCGGCCUAAUAGCGAUAAGCCGCUAUCCAGUUUCCUAUCGUGUCCACUAAUUCUCGUGACUCAAAGGCAGGCGUGAGCUUUUCGUUUCCGAUUUUCCGAUAUACAUAUGACUACUGACAUUCGUCUGGCAAAAAAACGAAAAUCCGAAGGCAGCCAACAGCCAACGAUAGCCAAUUGGAAAUUUGGCGUGCUUCGAAAAUCAUAUGAACUCCGCGUUGUUUGUUGUGCUUGUGCAUUUCGGCCUCUUGUGAGAGCAAUAUGUUCAAGGGAGUGUCUCUCCAUUUUAAUUGCACGCUUUUAAACAGCAGAAGUAUAACUUUGCGACUUAUGUCGUAUCCCGCACGCUGUUGUGCUAAAAAGAACUUGAGUAACAUUGCCCGCACAUCGCAACUUCUGCAACCGAGCGUGUUUGCAGGCACCGCAACGAAGCCGACGAAGCAGGACGGUGUUUGUAAAAGCCAAAGGAUGAUGAUGGAUUACGGCUUGAUAGCUCCAGCAUCUACGGGCACAAUUAUUUUGUUGCCUUUGGCAAUGAGAGCCUUACAGAAGCUCGUGAACAUUAUAGACGCAGAAAUGAAAAGAAUCGGUGGUCAGAAGCUUUCGUUGCCGUGCUUAAUACCGGCAGAUCUGAUGAAGAAAACCGGUAGGUGGGAAAAAAUGGAACAAGAACUGCUGAAGCUACACGACCGCAGAGACCACAACUACUGUCUUGGACCGACUCACGAGGAAACUAUAUCGCACAUGAUUUCAACGCUGCCUCCAAUGCUGCGGUCCUCCUACCCGCUUUUGCUUUAUCAGAUAGGGACAAAGUUUCGAGACGAGGCCAGGCCCAAGUUCGGAUUGAUGCGGGCAAAGGAGUUCCUCAUGAAAGACAUGUACACGUUCGACGAGAACGACGCCUCGGCACACGGGACUUACGAAAAGGUGUGUGCCGCGUACGACAAGAUAUUUCGGCACCUCGGAGUGCCCUACGUCAAAGUUCAGGCAUCGACGGGUGCAAUGGGAGGCAGUUACUCGCACGAGUACCACUUCGUCAGCGAUAUCGGAGAGGAUAAGCUGCAUCUCUGCUCAAAAUGUAAUCGUGGCAUCAACGCAGAAGAAGACAAUGAGGAUGCCGAACAAACAUGGAAAUGCACGCAUUGUGUUGGACCAUUUCGGCAUGAACGAGGAAUUGAGGUGGGCCAUGCAUUUUCAUUGGGCACAGCUUAUUCGAAACCUCUCAAAGCAGAGUGCUUAGGAGAUGAUGGAAAACAAAGGCCAUUGUUGAUGAAUUGCUUUGGAAUCGGUGUCACACGACUCUUGGCAGCAUGCCUGGAGCUGCUGUCUACCGCCGACCGGCUUCGAUGGCCGGCAGCUAUUGCCCCAUACACGGUCGCCAUAGUGACACCAAAGAAAGGCAGCCACGAAGAAGCUGCGGUUGGCAACCUUCCCGAACAUCUAUCCCGUCACCUGAACUCGUUACCCAGGCUUUUGGGCGACGUUGUCCUCGACGACAGAAAUUCUUGGACGGUGGGACGGAGGCUCAGGGACCUCUACAACAUCGGCAUUCCGUACGUUGUUGUUGCAGGAAAGAAAAUCAAAGAAGACGUUCCUCGGUUUGAACUUCAUGACGUCUACUCUCAGACAAGUGUUGAUCUCACACACUCUGAAGUCAUUGGUUAUUUUGAGAUGAAGAAAUGUACAGAAGGUUUGUAGUUUGUACGUCGGGACAUUUUUAUGGCAUUGCGCAUGGUACGAAGAUAUCAUUCUUUGGAAAUUUAACCCAGAGAAUGAUGGACAACAUAACGUGACAUAUCUAUAUAGUUAUAUAGACUGUCUAAUGUCUAUAUAGUAACCACGCCAUCAAGACCAUCUGUGGCCAUUCCAAGGGAGCCUAGGGGGUUACUUAGCAGCCUGAUACAAAUAUCAUUGCCAAAUGUACAGCAAAGCAGAUCAGUGAUGUUUGUUUGCCAAAGGGAUCAAAGCCAGUACUUGUCCCUGGGUAAUUUUUGCUGCGACACUUAGCUUCUGUCUACUUCCAAAUGUAUAACAAUAGACACUGAACGCAGGUGUGUAGAAUACAUCACAGAGAUUGUUUCCGUAUUUAUUUAGCUACACGGGACAACAGCUGGCUUGAUGCGGGUGUGCUACAAAUACUAUGAGUGCGAAAAUGCCGUACUUUCCAGCACACAAGUGAUUUUUGCUCAACAAAUACACGAUUCUCUAUCGAAAUAGCAAAAGGUAACUAAAUGAGGAGCACUUGCGGUUGAACUACAUUUCUCACCAUUUUGGUGUGCUGACUUUUAGUUGGUGGAAUGCAAUAAAAGAAAAUGUGCAUAGAAAA